GCGACUUGAUUUCCUUCACUCAUGCAUCGCUACCAUGCGCCUUCAAAAGCGUUACCUACCACCUGCCCCUUUCACCUCCUCCGUGUAUUUACUGGCUCGUUGGGAAUUCAGAGGCUUUGACGUUCGGUCCGGGCCAUCGCUGUGCUACUUUUGGUGCUGGUCUAUACACACCCGUUAGGUACAUUUCAUGUAUAAAUGCGCAUGGACUCUGCCUCUGGUCGAUCGCGAUGCGUCGCCGCUGCGUAGUGAAUUGCCCUGUAGGGGAUCUCCUUGUUACAACAACUCCCUGGCGUCGUCAUGCUCUCAGCACCCAGCGCAUGAGUAGAUUUGAUUCGGUCAUGACCAGAUUUGAGCUUUGCAGCGUUUGGUUGCCUCAUUGCUUUGGACGGACCAACGAGGUCAGCUUGUACGUGUUACCUAAGCUGCAGCGUGGUGGAGUUGGCCUAAUUCAUUUGUCUAUUGGUCUAUUCCCUUCAGUUGAUGGACGCUCGCUUCCCUCGUGCGUAUCUCAUCUUUGCGAUCGGCUAGAGGCCGCUUCCUUCCUACCCCGUUCGGUUCUAGACUGCCGAUGGCUGGUGUCGUUCGGAGCAUCACUGGCCGAAUUCAGUCUUCAGCCCUGGUCCGAUCGUACACCCAAGCACCCUGAAGCCUUCCGAUCUCAGCUCCGUCGUGCACCAAACCGGUCCCAUCUAAAUCCAUCUCAGUUUUUCUGGCCCCCCUGAAUUCCUCAGUGGAUGAGUUUAACGAAUCUAUUCUACCCCAACUACUGGGAACCUGGUGUAGG